CAUCCUCGCAUAACAGGGUCAGGAUAUAUGAAAGCCAGUCGGAUGGGUAGUUGGUAUCAAUGGCCAAUCGCCAAUUUAUACCAAUUUACGGAAGUGGAGGUUUGUAGAAGAAGCGUCCUCUCUGUGUGUGAAAGUGCAGCGCGCGUUCAGGGUUUGUUUCACGCCCGAGGAUGCGGUGUGCUGAACGCCUGAAACGCACUGCGAGGCUCUCGCUAUAAGACCGCCUUCCAGCUCUGCCGCUGCUUCACCCACAAGCACGCGCACCUGCAGCAAUGGCUUCCGAAGCUCCCGACAAAUCCACUGGAUUUCAAUCGCUGUUCCCCGCCGACGGAAAGCCCCCGUACGUACACCUCCGUGAAUCCACGACGACCUUCAGCAGGCCAGUGGGGGCCGCCGAACUGGGCUAUAUCCUCAUGCGUGGCUCGCGCGGAUACAUCGACUCGUUUUCCAUCGUCCCUCUCGCCUGCUCUGGCGAACACACCAUCACCGACGACGAAGUCGUGCAGGCCUAUGCCGCACUCCGCCUACGUCACCCCCUUCUCGCGUCUAAGGUCGCGUACAGCACCACACAGCUCCCGGAGCUCGUAUACACCUCCCCCCUUACUCAGGCGCACGCCCUUCGCGAGGCUAGAGCUCAGAUCGAGUUUCACGCAUUCCACGACCAGGGCACAUCCACGGAAGCCCUCCACGAUCACUGGUUCUCCGUGAAGCCUGAGGAUGCGCUCGAUCUGCGUAACGGGACGUGCUCCCUCUGCUGGGGGCGCGACAUUGAUCCGCGCUCUGGGAAGUACAUCCUGGGUUUGAUGACGCCACACUUCAUCACCGACGGCCGGUGCCGGUUGAACCUCGUUCGCUGUAUACUGGAUUUGCUCGCCACCCCUGGGCGCGCGCAGCGUGAGCUCGCCGCGCACUUCGCUGGGAAGACGCCGAUUGUGGGGAUCCCCCCGUCCUUGAACGACCUCUAUCCUGACAUGGACGACAUCUCCCCGAGCGAACUCGCGAAAGCGAAGGCUGCGUUCGAUGAGCUCGUCAAGUUCAGGAACAAGUCGCUGUCCGGCCUUGUUCCUGCCGUCCUCAUCUCGGAGGAUAACCCCCAACCUCGCCUCGUGCGUCAGACGUGGUCGGCGGACGACACUACACGCAUCCUGAAGGCCUGCAAGGCGCAGGGCGUCACGAUCACCCACCUUGCGAGCGUCGCUGGCGCCUUCGCGUCCGUGCAGCACCCCAGAGCAGCACACGUUAAUGAGGAUUCCAGCGACGAGGAGUCCUACUACUUCGAAUGCCUCUCGGCGUUGGACUUGAACACCAAGGUACCCCGCGUGACGAGCAAUGGAGAGAUGGAGACGGCCACCCGCCUCAUCAUGUACCCAGUCGUGAUGUCCGUCCCCCGCGCUGCUGCAUUGGAGUCCGCCGGCAGUGACGCGCUCUGGGACGCAGCGCGACAAUACAAGGAGCGGAGCGAAACAUUCGUGAACUCGCCCUACUUCUGGCACUUUUGUCGAUUCUAUGGUGCGAUCGCCAUCGAGAACUACAUGGCUCAAGGCAAACCCAGCAUACCAUACAUGAGCAGCAUGGGCAACCUCAAGAGCGUCCUGCCUAUCCGUUAUCCCAUCAAGACAGCUCAUGUAAACGGCACCACGAACGGGACGACGAGUCACAGCGCGGAGAUCCGCAUCUUGGACCAGAUUUCGGCAGGGAAGGUCGACCCGCGGGUCGCGAACUUCCUGUUGCAUACGUUCGACGACAGGCUAAAGCUCCAGCUCAAGUGGGACGCACGCCGUACGAGCGAUGGCCUCAUCAAUGGCUGGUUUAGUCGAAUUGUUGAGAUUAUCUCGCAAGUAGCAGAUGAGGGUGUAGUCUCGUAGCCUCUGACAAUAGUUUUGGGGCCCAUGCGUUUACUUUUAUCGUCGUCGGUCGUUAUGCUUGUAGAUUCAGUGCCCUUGAGAUGAUGCCGUACUAGUACUAUCACGGUUAGAUUACAGUGUCGCUGGCUAAAUGGAAACCUCCUCACGUUGAAUGGAAGGUUCAGCGGAACGACGCCACAUAAGUUCAUGAUUAACAUACGGAUGAUCUCUGACUGAUUGUGAAGGGCUGCUCGGGGCAAACUCCUUUUUGAAAUUGAAUGUACAG